AUGGGGAGAGCUCCUUGCUGUGACAAAGCUAACGUCAAGAAAGGCCCAUGGUCACCUGAAGAAGAUGCCAAGCUCAAGGAAUAUAUUGAGCAGCAUGGUACUGGUGGAAACUGGAUCGCUUUGCCUCAAAAAAUAGGCCUUAAGAGAUGUGGGAAGAGCUGCCGCCUCAGAUGGUUAAACUAUCUCCGCCCAAAUAUCAAGCAUGGAGGAUUCUCUGAAGAAGAAGAUAAAAUUAUUUGCAGCCUCUAUAUUAGUAUUGGGAGCAGGUGGUCUAUUAUUGCUGCACAAUUACCGGGGAGGACUGAUAAUGAUAUAAAGAACUAUUGGAACACAAGGCUUAAGAAGAAGCUUCUUGGCAAGCAACGCAAAGAGCAACAGUCUCGUAGAGGCAACAGCCUAAAGCAGGAUAUGAAGAGAUCAGAGAAUGGGGAUUCCAUGCUUCCUGAUUACAAUAACCAAAGCCCCUACUGGCCAGAGCUGCCUGUGCUGGCGGUGCCCACACCAUACUCAAGUCAAGAACAACGCAUUGACAGCCAAGCUUCGAUGAGAAGAUUACUUAUCAAGCUCGGAGGAAGAUUUUCUGAUGAUGGUCAUGUGGUUAAUGAUGGGACAACUCUUCACAAUCAGUUUCCAAAUGAUUCAUCUUCCACUGAUCAGCAACUUUACGAGCAAACUGUCCAUUUGCUCUCUUCUUCUUCUUCUUCUUAUUCUCCCAUGGAUGCCUUAAACAAUAUUAAUCGUGGUACUCAGUUUGUGAACUGCCAGCCCACUAUAGAUGGAGCAAAUCUGCACAUGCUGCAAGGACAAAGCAGUAGCUUUUCAUCAGAACUCCAGGAAAUGGCAUAUAGCAACCCACAAAGACUAGAUGGAAUGGAGUUCUUAUUUGGAGAAGACAUGGUCAAUAAUAGAGCUGUGACUAAUUCUUGUGAAAGCAUUGUCUGGGGUGAUACAACCUCUCAGCUGGUUUGCCUUCCUGUUGCUUCAGAUCAAUAUGGAGGCAUACAACAAGGAAUGCUGCAAGAAUAUGCUUUCAGUGAGUUAAGGUACCCAGGAGCACAAUAGCAGGAUAUAAAUGGAAUGUAUUAAGUUUGGAAGUAAUAGGAAAGGGCGGUGUUAGAUUAAUUCGAGAGAUAAAACCCUAAUAACAAUCUCGUUCAGUUAUAUGCUUGCUUUCUUUUGUUUAUGCUUUAUAUAUAUAUCAAUAGUGACUGUAAUUUAUCUCACUAUCAUUUGUAUCUUCGAGAGUUAUUUCCUUUUAAUUACUGUGUUUUUCAUACUCAUUCUUCUUAUGCUGAUGUUGAACUAGGGAAUUCUGAAGCUUCAUGACUUGUUUUUGCUAACUGUGGGCAAGUAAAUCAACAUAUCUCAGAUGAUGGUAUGCAUUUUCUUACAUUAUACAUGCAUGUGUCAUAUUAUAAAUACAUGUCACAAUGUUCCUU